AAAGCCAAGGCGCUGGGUAGGGCGAGGGGGGGCACGUUUCAGAAUGUUCUUGGAAGCCACAGGAUCCCGGGCGACAAGUGGAUCGUUAAGAGUCAGGAUUCGCCAUACGAUGAGUACGCAUCUGAGUCUGACAGCAAUGAUGAGACGGAAGAGGGGCCGAGGAACGACAAUGAGGCGAAAAGUCUGCCGAACAUGAGCCACCGUUGCUGUUCCUUCCCGCAGCACUGCUCGUUCCUCUUCCCAAUGGAAACCAAGGAUGAUGGCUGGAUUGCUGGUGGUGGCACGACAGAUGCCGGCAAGGGGACGGCGUUUCUUUUAGCUUCCACCUUCUCCUUUUCCUUGCCGGCGCGUCCAUCCAUCGCCGCAACAUUCCCCUUGAAGGCAGUCCGUCAUUGA